AUGAGAAUCUACCGUGAGAGCCGGUGUGAGGACCCUCUCGCCAGCGUCGAUUCAACUCGAGCUUACUCGGUGUCGGUCGACGCUAAACACACUAAGCUCAGCGAGGUCUCACUCCUGUCUCGGAGGGUUGAGCCGGCAGAGCAACGCAACCGUCAGGUCAUUCGCCUUGUCAACGGAGAGUCCAAUCUUGAGAUCAUCACGGAAGUCCCAUCAUGGAGAAUAGGACGCGAUCAGGGCGCCAACCUGAUCGGCUUCCGCUGGUCAAGGACCGUCCAACCCCGUCUGGUAAUGACGACCGGCGCGUGGCUUGGGUCCAGUGGGCACCUGGAUGGAAAGUGA